UGCGUGGAAAAAUGUCAAGAAACUGCUGGAAAUCGAUUCAGCAGGAAAUUUAGCCAAAUUUCAAGAUGGGUCAACCCUAUUGAUGGUCUUUUGCGACUCUCCUGAGGCAGUUGAGUACCUUUUGGAAAACGGCUCAGAUCCAAAUGCGGUAGACGCGAAAGGCUUUUCUGUUGUGAUGCAUGCAAUCUCUUGCCAGAAACCAUCAGCGGAGGUUUUGGACAUGCUUAUCAGGGCCGGCGCUUCGCUUAAAUUGCCAGAGCCGAGUAAAGAUGUGUUCUCGUUCGCCUUGACUCGAUUUCCCCCGCCAUUAGAGCAGAGCAGCCGGAUGCCCGAGAUUGUGCCAGCCCUCGAAUUUCUAUUUAGCAUGGCAAACAAGGCUAGGAGCGUGCAACUACCUGAUUUUUACAAAGACAUCUUCGCGUCGCUUAUGGAAUACAACUGGACGACCAUUGACGUCUUUGUGAGCACUUGUAUCAGUGUGAUGAUGUCCCCGUUCUUCAACCCUGCAAAGCUGUACGCCUUACCGAUUGAAAAAGUACCCGAACAGGAUUCGCUGGCAUCAUACCUACACUUGUGCGGAAUAUCUAUCAUGGGGCUGCUCGACAAGGACUACUUCUUUGUCAACGCACUUGGAUACUUCUUAAACACAUAUUUCAAAAACAACCCAACACAAAAUACAAAUCUCUCGAUUUUGCUGCAAGAUGUAAACAAGACGUUGUUACUAGUCGAGGAGGAAGGGAUUGUCGUUCCUCCAGCAUUGCUCAUGCUCUACUUGUACUUCCAGAAAAAGAUCACCCAGAGAGAUGAGCUCUCUAUCAAUAUUUAUGAUUUACUAAACUAUUUCACUCUUCUAAAAGUUCAGUGGACCAGCCGAUUUUUUGCGAAAUGUGCCAAUUGA